AUGAGUGAAACGCGUUUCAUUUCGACUAUUUAUGUCCACAGUUCAUUUUAUACAAGUAACAAUAGUAAAUCAAGAUUAUUUAAUAAUUUAUCAACAAUAUCUGAAGGUAUUCCAGCAUUUAAUUGGAUAUUUGUUUCACCAACACCAGCCUCAUAUAUUAAACAUAUGAUAGAUGUAUCACAAUUUUAUACUAAUCGAGUUUUAACAGAUUUUAAAGAUAAAGAUUCUAUUCAUGCUGAUUGGGUUAAACAAUGGAUUAAAAUAUUAAAUGAAUUAUAUAUUUAUGUUAAAAAAUAUUAUAGAAUUGGUUUAACUUUGCCUUUACAUUCACCAAAAUUAGUAGUUGAAAGUAAUAAAUGGAUUGUUGAAUAUUAUUCAAAUCGAUCUGAUUUAAAACUAAAUGAAACAAAUAUUAUAGAUACAAUAUAUGUUUAUAAAUGUUCAAAUUCAACAUUAACUGUUCAUGGUAAAGUUAAUUCAAUUACAUUUGAUCAAUGCAAAAAUCUUGCCAUAAAAUUUACAUCAGUUUUAUCAUCAAUUGAAUUUGUUAAUUGUUGUCAAAUAAAAGCACAAGUAAUCGAAUAUGUACCAACAAUUAAAAUUGAAAAAACUGAUGGUUGCCAUAUUUAUUUAUCAAAUUUAUCAUUUAAUACAAAAUUUAUAACAUCAAAAUCAUCUGAAAUGACAAUUAAUGUUCCAUUUGGUGAUGGAGAAUAUAAAAAAUAUCAAAUACCAGAACAAUUUAAAAUAUGUUUACAAGAUAGAAAACAACUUAUUAUUCUACCAAAUGAAUUAUCUGCUUUUUAA